AUGGGUCCGUCAGAGAUUGCAUCAUAUCAUACCACGAAUAACCCUUUCGACACAAGUCGCCACGCGCACCGAACGAUUGACGAAGAUGUGGCUCUGAAUCGCCUUGAAGAAGAACUCGGCAAUAUCCAAGACGCUGCCAAAGUUCUGAGAGAUCAGCUUAUCGGCAUUGAAGAGAACAUUGCCAGAUUCUGCGAGAAAGAGAUUGAUACUGCUGCCGAGCUGAUAAUCUCUUUUGAGGCAGAGAAGGCUAGAAAGUUAAAGAACAUCAAAGCUUUAAAUAGCCGUUCUGGUUCCCAAUACUCUAUGGUCGAGUUGUCUAGGACCCGACCGAAACCAUUUGGCCAUAUACUCGAAAAAGUAUUGCAAGGGAGAAGAGUGGGAUAUUAUGACACCACCGAUACUUGGGAAGACGCUCGUGAUGCAGACAUGAGCCAUGAGUAUGAAUGGAUGCGGGAUUCAGGACCGCGUGCUGAAGAACUGCAAGUCAUUGAGCUUUCUGAGGAUGAACCAGACGACCAUGCGCCACAACCUAGGGCAAAUGCCAUCAGAAACUGCGACUCCUGGUUGGAUAUCUCUGCCGGGGCCCGUCAUUCUGAAACAAGAGAUUACUUGCAUCACAUCAAGCAGCAACGCCGAAGAGGUAUCAGGCAAAGCAACGUGGGACCAGAAUUCAGACAGCCCCGUAUCAGGAGUUCUGAUGUAUACAUCGAGGAGUUUAUUUUCACCUUGCGGGAAGAUCCCCGCAACUCCUAUGUCCUGAGAUGCCCAAAUGCGACCGAAAUCCGAGCAACGUGCAACGGAAUGGUGACAGAGUUCCUUGAUGGCGGGAUAUUCACGAAAAAGCCUUUUGGCAGGGGACGUGCUUUUCAACACUUUUUGGAGUAUCAUUCCGACAUAUUCGAUCUUGAUCAUUAUCCUUCAAAUGAAUCAAUAUUUUAUAAAUGUGCGAGAAGAGUGUGCUGGGAUACGGUCCCGAAAGACAGACUAAACAAAGACGGCGAGGGCCCGGAGUGUGGGCUUUUUGAUUAUCGACCAUCUGGAAAAGUUCUCGAGUUGGCAGAAGACAUAUGGGAGGAAAUAAAACUUGACCUCGACCAUGAUGAUAUCUCCGCCUCCGGUGAUGAGGGUCCCGAGGACCACGAAACCAAUGAGGGGACAUUACAAUCAGUGCCGGAAACCAGAAACGACGAAGAUCGAGUAAUCGAGAAUGGAACCAGGACGGUUAUCAGAUACCAAAUAAUUCAGGAUACUCCUUUGCGCACGCCGCAGUCAGCACAUAUCCACCGGCCUAUUCCAUCUGCCUCACUGAGCAAUUCGCGAAAGCAUCCCUGA